AUGGCUUUGGCGAAGGGCCUUAGGCCUUUGCAGAGUCUGGAAGUUGCCCAUAAGCAAGUCUUUGGAUAUGGAGCUUUGACCUGGGAGUGGCAAAAGGGCAUAAGAAGUUACCUAUACCCUAGCAUUUUCGCUGCACUGUACUCCAUUCUUAAAUUUACUGGAUUGGACAAUCCUGAAGCUGUGGUUUUACUUCCACGCUUAUUCCAAGCCAUUGUUAGCACUGUAGCAGACUACAGCUUUUAUAAAUGGACAGGUGGGAGGAAAUGGGCACUGUUUCUCAUUCUCACUCCAUUCUUUUGGUUUUACACAUCUGGAAGGACACUACUGCAAACCAUGGAGACUGCUUUGGUCUCAAUAGCCCUAUCAAUAUUUCCAUUCAAAGAUGGAAAACUUGGUUAUUAUGAAAAAGAAAGUAACAAAUGGGUGUGGCUGGCCUGCAUUUCAACAUUUCUACGACCUACUUCAGCUCCAAUAUGGCUUGUGCUAGCUAUUUAUAACAUUUCGACAACUUAUCAAGGCAAGCUAAAAUUAGUGACACACACCUACAUACCUAUUGGAAUGAUUGUUAGUGGAGCUCUAGUGGCUUUGGACACAUAUUUCUAUGGGAAACUCAUAAUCACACCAUGGGAGUUCUUCAAGUUCAAUGUCCUGCAUGAUAUUGCAUCCUUCUAUGGAACACACCCAUGGUAUUGGUACUUAAGCAGUGGUCUUCCUGUUGUCCUUGGUAUCAAUGUGUUGCCCGUCGCGUGGGCCAUCUACACCGUACUAAGGCGCCGCCAAGAAAACCGGACCGGAAUGCUCUUGUUGGUAGCUGCGGCCCUGCAUUUGACGUUGCACAGUUUCAUACAGCAUAAAGAGUUUAGGUUUGUAUUGCCGCUUCUACCAAUACUGAUGUACUUGGCUCAAAGUGUCAUCGUACCUUGGAGCAGGAAAGCUACGCCGUGGAAGUUGUAUUUGGUAGCUGGUAGCUUGCUGUUGGGGAAUGCUGUGCCUGGUGCUUAUUUGGGGCUGGUCCACCAAAGCGGCACUGUACAAGUUAUGCCCCUGCUCAGAGAAGCGAUCGGAAACAACAAUAGGUCUUCAAUUCUGUUCAUGAUGCCCUGCCACUCCACACCAUUGUACAGCCACCUGCACGUGAACGCGACGGCGCGCUUUCUGCGCUGCGACCCCCCCGCCCCGGGCGAGACUUACGAGUCGGAGGCGUUCUACAACAACCCGCUGCGCUGGUGGAGGGCCGAGUACUCCAGCCGACAGAGCCCGGACCUGGUCGUCAUGUUCGACGUGCUGAGGGGCCGCGUCGAGGCUCUGCUGCAGGGCUACACGCUGCUCCACGAGCUGCCACACACGCAGUUCCCGAAGGGAGAAGUCGGGGAGAAAGUGCUAGUAUAUCAGAAGACGAAGUCUCAAGCGAAGCCAACAACAGACGAGGCCAUU